CCAGCUCCCUAACACCAGCUUCACCAUUGAAGGGUCUCUGGCAGUGCCCUGCCUUCUCCAGCAAGCAAGAGACCCAGGCAUCCAUCUUUACUGCCCCCGCCGUCAUCAUGUUUCUCAUGCCCCACUUCCUGCCUCCCUGGCGGCUGCUGGUUGUCGUCCUGACGCCUCUCCUCUUGCUCCCUCUCGCCCUCAUCUCUAUCGAGGCUCGGUGCGGCUACGUCAUCCUUGUGAUGGCCAUCUACUGGAUGACGGAAGCUCUACCCAUCCCCGUCACCGCCCUCAUACCUGUCUUCGCCUUCCCCUUGCUCGGUAUCCUGUCUACCGGAGAGAUCUGUCUCGUCUACAUGAAGGAGACGAACAUGAUGUUCCUAGGUGGCCUGACGGUCGCCAUUGCUGUGGAGCACUGCAACCUUCACAAAAGAGUUGCGCUCUUCGUCAUCCUACGUGUGGGUCAGAGUCCCAGGCGUCUGAUGACAGGCUUCAUGGUGACCACGAUGUUCUUGUCCAUGUGGAUCUCCAACACCGCCACCACCGCCAUGAUGGUGCCCAUCGUCGACGCCAUCUUGCAAGAGCUCUACAAAACCCGAAAAAUCGGGACAGCAGCCCGGCAGACCGAAGAAGACCCUCGCAUCAGCCCUCACAAGCAGAGCAGGGACCCUAUCGCGGGCUCAGACCCUUCACAGCUCUCAUACGCCCAGUCCGAGAAAUAUGGCAACGGCAGCAGCUACUCCGUGUCGUCGAAGUCCUCGUCGACGACGUACGAGGACGUGGCCAAGCGUCCCGCCGACGACGUGCAGGACGACACGUCCGACGAGACCGUCCUGUUCGCCCCGCCGCCCGACGAGCUCUGCGCGCGUCUGCGGGACAUGUGCUACCUGGCGACCGCUUACUCUGCUAACCUGGGGGGCACGGGGGCCAUCACCGGGACCGGGCCCAACCUGGUGCUCAAAUCUGUCAUGGACAGGAGUUUCCCUGGCACCAACGUUGUCAAUUUCGCGACCUGGCUGGCCUACAACGUGCCCGGCAUGCUGCUGUGCGGAGCUUGUGCCUGGAUAUGGCUGCACAUUCUCUUUCUGGGCUGCAGGCGAGAAGUGUUGCUGAGCAACAAAGACCGAGAGGCUGAGGUCAAGUCCAUGCUGAAGAAGAAGUACCGCGCUCUGGGCCGCGUCAACUUCCACGAGGCGGUCGUCUUGACGCUCUUCAUAUCGCUGGUGCUGCUGUGGCUCUUCAGGGCCCCGGGCUUCAUGACAGGCUGGGGCGACCUCUUCGAGAGGUUCUUCCCCGGCAUUGAAAUUGACGAUGCGACGCCAGUGAUGAUGAUUGUGCUGCUGCUCUUCAUCAUCCCGCGCAAGCCAUGGUGGCGGAGCACCAACCGCCAGCUGCCGGAUGAGCUGCCAGGCGUGGACCGUCAGGCCGUCGAGGGAGACGAGCGUCGCUACGAGCGCUGCCUUACCUGGGAGGCCGUGCGGGACAAGCUGCCGUGGGGCAUCGUGCUGCUGCUGGGGGGCGGGUUCGCUAUGGCCAAGGCGGCCGACGAGUCGAACAUGUCGCGCGUGAUCGGCGAUCAGAUGAGAGCUCUGAGCAUCAUGCCCAAGGAGGCGAUCGUGUUCAUCAUCACCCUGGUGACCGCCAUGCUCACUGAAGCUGCGUCCAACACCGCUACUGCCUCCAUCCUCAUGCCUGUACUCAAGGAGCUGAGCGUGAGCAUCCACGUGCACCCCGUGUAUAUGAUGAUGCCACCUGCCAUCAGCUGCUCCUAUGCCUUCAUGCUGCCAGUUGCCACUCCCCCAAACGCCAUCGUCUUCGGUGCCGCUAACAUGAAGGCCGUUACCAUGCUGAAGGCGGGGCUCGUGAUGAACGUGAUCUGCGUGUUGGUGGCGACGUUUAUGAUCAACACGCUUGGUGUGGUCAUGUUCGACCUGAACCACUUCCCUGACUGGGCCAGCGCCAACGCCACCAACUUCACGCAGUGAAGCUCACACUGAAAAUAACCUGAUGUAUUUUUACAUUUUUUUUCUGGAAGCUAUCCAUUUCCAGGAUUUACGGAAUAUUUAUCCUGUUAACAAGCUUGAUGACAGCUUCAUGUUCGUCUUGGUUGAUGAAUAUUUACCAGUAUUUUCGCACCAGUUUUGAAGCCAAUAGAAGUUAAUUAUUAAGCCUACACCCAAAUGUAGUGUACAAAAUUGAGCACCACCGCAGUAACUUCGAACAUUUCACAGCGUUUUCUCUGCACAGAAAUUUCGAAUAAUAUUAAUAUUCCUAAUGUCCUUCAAGAAACAUUCAACAAUUGAUUCCACCAUUUUAGACGAAUUAUAUAAGGUGUCGAGUAAUUUGGUUCCUAAAUGUUGCUAAAAUCCUGGCGAGAGUUCAGUGCUUGUGAUACGAUUCCGUCCUUUCUUUAUUGUAAUUUAUUAUUACAUCACAUGGAGGAUAAGCAAAUAAAUUUGAAGAGAAGGGAACGUUUUGCAACUUAAUUUUACAAGGAAGCUUUAUUCUAGAAUUAAAUAUUGUUGAUGAAUUAUUUAAGUUCAAUAUGCCUGGUUGAAAUAAAUGUUUGUAACUAUAAACAAAAACAGGAGAUCCAAGAGACCAAUUACAGAAAAAUAAUCUUGUGUGAACGCAAGGUAAUUCAUGUUUUAAUGAAGCCUUUCCAAGGCCUCAGGCAGACUGCCUCAACUGAGAUUUGGAUGUGAAAUUCGACUCGGCUGAUCGUGGGAAAUAAUUCAGAAGUUUAUUUUUUAGUUACAUCGAGAUUAAAAUCGAGUUUUAUUCCGGUAAAAUUUAAAUGAUUAUAUGCUAUACCAUAUAUAUGCAUUCUUGCACGUCGCAUUUAUCAUAUUACACUCAAGUGUCACUUUUACUAAUACUAUUGUAUACAUAUUAUACCGCUUAAAGCUCGUUUGACUCACUCCACACCACAUGUUUCUGGUCUUGUCUCAACCGACUCGUGAUCAUUGGGGAAAUUGCUAGAAUUAAUUUUUGCAUUUAUUUAUCUUUACUUGAUAAAAAACUUCAGUCAAUUCUAUCCCAUCACACAAAAGUAUAAUUGAUGCUGGUUGGUAAUUUGGAGAACGGUGGAACUAAAAAAAACUUUCUGAGAACGUUUCUGUCGAUCCAUUCCCCACUGAUACUUUACUUGUUAGCGCAAUUUCCCAUUUAUGGAAAAAAUGCACUAUUGUGCUCGCCAUGUCCGUCCGUCCG